GCGAUGCUCGUGGGUGUAAUUCGCCAGUCGUUUGGUGAAACGUUGCUGAACACUCCGUUGUCUGCAGUGGAGCUGAGGUUUUUCCGGCGACACCGCUGCUGUAGUUUCGACUGCUGACUCUUGAAUGACUUGAGAAGAGACUUUACAUGUCAACUUGUGAACCGAAACCUGUAGCUAAUGACGCACUGUCGAGUUAGCUUCAUGCGUCCAAAGUUUUAAAAGUCAAACGACUCUGUGCUGUCUUUCAUGGGCGUGCUACUGAAUCGAACAUGUGUAUUCACACGACUUCGUUGUGUGUGUGUGUCAGUGGGCAUAACCCUCGCUGCACGUGAAUUACCAUCUCUGUAUACUCUGGUUGUGUAGGUGCCCUGUGAUAAAUACAUGCAAAGCAUAUGAAUGCUAACAGUUAGCUUCUGUCUUGUCUGACUUCAGCAUUAAUGAAAGGCAAGCUCGUACCCGUGUUGCCUUCUAGGACAAUACUGUAUACGCCCUGACCUGCCACAGUCUAUACUUCAACAAAGAGCAUUUCAUUAAUAACCUUUACUUAUGUAAUCUACGUCUUUCAACCCUCUAUGCCCAUAGCAACCGAUUUCCCUCGACCAAUUCCAUAGCAACUGAUGUUGCGUUCAUUUAUAAGAGCAAAGAUCAGCUUCAGUUAUUUUCUGUCUGUAGUCACGUGGAUCCAAACACCAGUAUAACUCAUGCACUUUCAAAAAAUGCCAACUUCUUUUAUAUAUCCAGUCUUGAACACAAAUUCUAUCAAUGCGCCCAAUUUGAUUCAGUAGCCUAUAUAGAAAUAAUCACAGAUACACAGUGUUAAAUUAAUGUUGACGACAAGGCUGACUAUCUUAAAAUCAUUUUUUUGGGUACUGUAGUAAAGACUAUUAUAUUGCAUAUGUUUUCAGAGCGGAGCUUAAUUAUUCAUUCCUUAAUGGCCCCAAAAAUUAAAAAGGCUGAUUUUGCAAAGGCAGAGCUUUUCCGAGCAGUUGACCUUGAAGCUGUUAUAAUUUCUUCUGAACAAAGCUGUACAAAUCUUUUCGGUAAUGGAGGAGCAGUAUAAUGGGUUGUUCUCUACACAAAAUUAAUAUUUUAUCACAAAGAUAAAACGUGAGUGGUCAUACAGGUCAGAGAUGGACGUUUUCAUCAAACUUCUGUCAGUAAUUGGAAAUAUGAUGGCUUUUCUUUCUCCCUGUUGCUUUAUACAUCAUCGCCUGUUUCUGUGAGCUCAUAAUUUUAUGAACAUACUACUGCACUGAAAAACCUCUGAGGAUUUUGUGCUGGAAAUGGUUUCACCAUCCUCUGCUCAACGUUGAUGGCAUUUCUGUGACAUGGGGCCAGAUGAGGACCUACAUCCGGACACGGAUGACCUUCCACUCCGAGCCAACACUAACCACAUACUUGUCAGACAUUAUGUGCUGGACCUGACCGUUCAUUUUGAAAGGAAGGUCAUCAGUGGUAGUGUUGUCCUGUUCCUGGAGCCUUGCUGUGGGGUGAGAAUUGAUGCUGAGGAUGACAGUGGACCUGGAGCUGGUAAUGCAGCUUGCACUAUAGAGGCUGGAGGGAGUCGGGGUGAAACUAAAAAUAUGAAUUCUUCACAUUUGUGGGAAACCUCCAGUGAUGGUGAUUUCACCUUAGUGCUGGACUGCUGUGACCUCGACGUGUCAAAGGUUGAAGAGGUGGACGUCUCAUCUGUGUCAGCCAUGUCCAGCCUCUCACCGGAGGUCACAUCUGAGUGGUCAGGGGUGAACACACAAGCAGCCUUUAUUCAGAAGCUCAUCUCCAUGCCCUCUAGCCAAUGGAGGCGGAAGCACCAGCUCUUUUUGCUGUACAGCCGUGCCCCCAGUGCUCAGGACGGCGGCUCACUGCAUUUUCACAGAGACCGAUGGAGUCUGCAGGUGAGGAGGAAGGGGGCAGCGUCCCCUCAGGAGUUCCCUCGUGCUGUCAGGAUCUGCUUUGAGACAAGGCCAACAGGAGGCUCUGUGAGGUGGAUCAGAGACCAGGACAACAGGGUGUGUGUUUAUACUGCCGGUUCUCCCAUCAACAACCGAGCCCUCUUCCCCUGCCAGGAGCCGCCUGUUGCCAUGUCAACAUGGCAGGCAACAGUACGGGCCCCCAGUGAGUGUUUGGUUUUGAUGAGUGGGGAGGAGCAAGCUGUACCUAUUGAGGACGGAGAUACACGUUUUUCACUGUGGAAUUACUACGUCACUAUGCCCAUGCCUGCCUCCACCUUCACCCUGGCAGUGGGCCACUGGUACCAAGUCACAGCAGAAAUUCCCCCAGCACUGGAAAGGGAGGUGAGGCACAGGACAGACUGUGGCAAGGCUGCCAAACCCGCGGCGGCUGGUUCUGGUGAAUGGACUGAGGCUGAGUGUGUGUCUGGACUUGAAACCUCCUCCGGUGAAGUAGUAAAGGGUUCUCUCCUCCAGACUGGCAGUGGAGACCAGACCUCCUGCUCAGACUCUACAUUCUCUUACGCUUCUCUUGUGGAUGAGGGGCUCUCUGUAACUGAUUAUUCAGGCAUGGUGGAUGACGGCGUCUCUUGUUCCCAUGGUGACUACCCUUGCCGGUUUACUGAGCAGUCGGCUUGGUCCCAGCGGGUGAUUCCAUACCGUGUGUUUGGCCCUGCCUGCUUGCUGCAGAAGGCCCAGAACGGAGUUCUUAAGCUGUUGCCUCGAUGUUUGGCUGCAGCCCAUGCCGUUCUGGGGGUCCACCCCUUUCCCCGCCUUGAUGUCCUCAUUGUUCCAGCAGGGUUCUCCAGUCUGGGCAUGGCCAGCCCCCAUAUCAUUUUCUUGUCCCAGAGCGUGUUGUCUGCUGGGGGUUGCGGUUCUGGAGGGCAUGGCCUGUCUCUGUGCGGAUCCAGGAUGUGCCAUGAGAUUGCUCACUCUUGGUUUGGCCUGGUCAUUGGAGCCAGAGACUGGACUGAGGAAUGGAUCAGUGAGGGCUUCGCCACUUAUCUGGAGGACAUCAUCUGGGCCCAAGCACAACAGCUCUCCUCACAAGAGACCGCAGAACAGUCUGACCUGAAAGCACUUCUGCGGUGGAGACGACUCUCGGAUGAGCUGCAGAACUCAGAGGAGGAUCUUCAGAUUCUCAGACCCAACAUGGAAAACACCGGUCAGGUCAGUGAGUCUGGCUCGUCUACCAUUAAACAUGCCCUCAACCCCGACAAAACCUUCAUGCAAGUCCACUACCUCAAGGGUUACUUCCUCCUCAGGUUCUUGGCCAGUCAAGUGGGGGAGCAACAGUUCAUCUACUUCUUCAGAUUGUUUGUGAAGAAAUACCACGGGCAACUCAUUUUGUCUCAGGAUUUCCUGCGAAUGCUGCUAAUUACCUUUCCCGACAUGGAGAGAAAAGGCCUCACCCUCAGUGCUAUUUAUGCUGACUGGCUUGAUCGACCGGGAAUUCCAAAGUGGCUGUAUGAAAGGAGCGCCGUGUGGUCACAGGCGAGGCUGGUAGAAGAAGUCAAAGCUGAGGUUGUAAAAUGGAUUCUCCUCAGUCAGAGUCAUCAGGGGAAGGGCAGAAAGCGGAGGAGAGUAGAGCCCAAGGUGAACUACAAAGAGUUGACAUCAGAGCAGCUAGUGAUGCUUUUGGAGCUUCUGUUGGAGGAAUCGGAGCUGAGAGUGGCGACAAUGCGUGCGCUGCUGACGACAUACAACCUACAGAAUCAAGACGCUGAGGUGCGUCAUCGCUGGUGCGAGCUGGUGGUCAAACAUGGACACACUCAGGCUUACAGAGAUGUGGAACACUUUCUGGUCCAUGACCAAGCCAUGGGUGUGUAUCUGUACGGGGAGCUGAUGGUUCACGAGGAUCCUGAGCAGCAGGCUCUGGCACGUCGCUGCCUCUCAUUGGUCCGGGAGGAAAUGGACCAGUCGGCGCGUCGAGUGGUGGAGGAGAUGAUCUUAUAACAUUGGAGGUGGCUGACUGCAGACGGAGAUGACAGGAGUUUGGCACACGGGAGCGGAUGAGGGCCCAGAGCUCACCUCCUCUUCCUCUGUCGGGGGGGGGGGGGGACGCUGCAGAGUCGUGAGCACCAGAAGGCUGCGCUCUUACUCUACGAUCAAGGCCAACUGGCGAGGUUUAGAGAACAGCAGCUCUGUUCAUUCAAGUCUAAAGAAAUGUGUGUGUGUGUGUGUGUGUGAGAGAGAGAGAACCACUAACAAUACAAGUUGUGUACAAUUAGAAACAUUGUUGUUGCCUCCAUUCCAAAUUUCACCACAUUUCAAAUCUGCUCAAAAUAAUAGAUCAUGGGUGAAGACGAUAUUUCAUAUAAAAUGACCUCAGAUGUUUCUGUGUGUGUGUGUGUUUAGUCUGAAGCCAUGAUCCGGUUCUGAAGAGUUUAGUCUGGAAACCUUUCCAGGUGAAUGUUUUCAUACAUAACAAAUGACUCGACUUCACUCGGGCCUGUAACGGCGAAGAAUAAUAUACGAUAGACGAGGCUCAGGGUUUUUCUAUACAUACAAUUGAUGGUUCUGUUACUGCUGUGUAAAAAAAAAAUAAUGGUAUGCUUUUUCUUGUAAAUUGUUUUUAUAUCUUCAUGUUGAAAUAAAAUUGAUUUCUUAAACAACCUUUUUUUUUUUUAAGCUCAUUCCAUCACUGAAGGAGCAGAAUUUGGAGAUUGUUGCCUAUAUUGCAGAUUUUAGCCGGUUUGUUGACUCAUAGAUGCAUAUUAAAGAAUUAUACAUUGGU